AACAUGUUUCUCCACUCCAACUCGAGCAAUAAAGCUUCACCAAAGCUUCCAUUCCAUCAGCCGACCGCCUACCGCCCUCCCGCUCCUCCAGCAACCGCGAUCAACCGCACUCCACCGCAGUCACGAUGAGGCGUUCCAAGCUUUUGCUCGUCCUGCUCGCGCUCUCCCUCGUUGUCUCCCUCGCGCUCGCGCCUCUGUGCCACGCGAACGAGAUCCCCGCCGCGGAGGACGAUGACGUCACCGACGACGACGACAAUGCGGCCUCUGCCCCUGGUCUUCUGAGCAAGCUGAGCAGGCGGUUCCUGUGGUCCGCCGAGGGGCGCAUGCUGAGUUGCCGGUCGGACUGCGAGGACAAGAACAAGAAGUGCAACACGGAUUACAGCAAGUGCAAGCGCGAGAACAAGGACGACAAGCACGACCACCACAAGUGCACGCACAAGUACGAGAAGUGCAAGAAGAAGAUCAAGAAGUGCCGCAAAAAGUGCGACUAAGCCAAGGAUUUGCCGCGGCUAGGAUUGCAUUCUACGGUAGAUGGAACAAGGCGGUGUUAGUUGGCGAUCCCACUUGCUAUUCGAAGUGUAG